AUGGACAUCAAUCUGCUGAUCAGAGUGAAGGAGAUCCAACAGUAUCUGAGAUCAGGAAGUCUCUCCACAGAUAAACUGUCUCCUGCUCAGUGGUCAGCUCUGGUCUUCAUCUUACUGUCAUCAGAAAAAGAUCUGGACAUGUUUGACCUGAAGAAAUACUCUGCUACAGAGGAGGCACUUCUGAGGCUGCUGCCAGUGAUCACAGCUUCAAAUAAAGCUCUGCUGAGUGGCUGUAACCUCUCAGAGAGAAGCUGUGCAGCCCUGUCUUCUACUCUCAGCUCCCAGUCCUCUAGUCUGAGAGAGCUGGACCUGAGUGACAACAACCUGAAGGAUUCAGGAGUGAAGCAGUUGUCUGCUGGACUGGAGAGUCCACACUGUACACUGGAAAGCCUCAGUCUGUUAGGAUGUCUGAUCACAGAGAAAGGCUGUGCUCCUCUGGCCUCAGCUCUGAGGUCCCAGUCCUCUAGUCUGAGAGAGCUGGACCUGAGUGACAACGACCUGCAGGAUUCAGGGGUGAAGCAGUUGUCUGCUGGAUUGGAGAGUCCACACUGUACACUGGAAACUCUCAGGUUCCAGUCUUAUGGUUCCUCAGUAUCUGUGUGUCCUCUGUUUGAGGGAGAGUCUCCUCCUGUGGAGACAAACAGUCACACUGCUGACUGA